AUCUACACAGCAGUGUGACAACUCUUUCCUUAUUUCCUCAUGCAUUUGAUGGGAUGUGAUCACUCUCAAUCUAGUUCUCUGGGGUUGAGUUCUGUUUAAAAUAUUGACAGGGAGCAAGUCUUCGCUAAUGUUUCAAGGGUGUGAAGGUGAACAUAUCUACUGGUAAAGACACAUCUACAGACAUGGAGAGCAAGCUGAUAUUUUUGGUGGUUUGUGUGAUUGGUUGUGCAGUGUCUGGCAUUAAGGCUGAUGGUAACCUAUCAACACGAGCAAAUUUAACUUCCAACAUCACCCGCAAUGAGUGUGGAAAAACCAAACUGUGUUUGGACAUCCCUAAAGGAUGUGAUCCUUCAGGCAGCUCUCAGUGUUUCUUUACCUCAGUACAGAUAAACGCAACUACCCCCAGUCUGAUGCUUGAGCUCAGUGGCAACUCCAAUGGUUACAUUGCUUUAGCAGCUGGGACGACAUCAAAUGUGUCUCAGGGCCUCAAUAUCGUCUUUGUCUGUGGCAAUAAUAGUGGCAGUUUCUUUCUCCAGACUGCAAUAUUCUCAAAAACUCUGGUGCCAACAAAUGUACCCAAUGUAAACAGUAUCCAGGGUUCAAUACAACCAAACUUGGUUCAAUGUGUUUUCAGUGUCCCCAUUGAUCUAAACACUAUCACCUUCCUAAACACUGUCAGUGGCACAAAUAUCAACAUCAGCAACAUUGCGAAUUCCAAGGUGAAUGUUUUCCUUGACAUCAUGGAGGGUUCAACCAAUGGAACUGUGCUGGGAGAACCAAGAAGUGUACUUGGGUCCUCUGCUCUGGUGAAUCUAGCUAAUGUCACUUCUACUAAUGUUGUAAGCACCACAGCUAGCACCACAACUAGCACCACAGUUAAUUCAAAUGCCUGCAUCUCACUCACCAGCCUACUGAGUCAUGCUACAAUUUGCCUACUCAGUAUCUUCUUGCAUCUGAUGUGAUGGGACCUGAGAGAGAUCUGAAGACUAAUCAUGCUGUGGAGUAGUAUAGAUAUGUAAUAGCAUUGGGAUGUUUUUUUUUUGUUUUAUUUUGUUUUUUCUUACAUUUUUUAAAUUCACAGACAUAGGAAACCCAUGCAUGUUUAACAUGUACAGGGUGUUGGACACAUGUAUGAAGCCAAUUUUUUGUGGUCUUUUAAUGAUCCUCUACCAUUAUACUGACAGUGAAAAUGACCACAAAAACUUUUUAAAAUUACAUUUAAAUCUUUUUUAACAAAUAUUACAGCUACAAUUAAAAUAGUGUUAUUUUUUCUAGGGUGAAAUCUAUUAUAUACAACCUGAGUAAUAUCUUUACUGCACAUUUUACAUCAGCACGAUUUUGAGAAACUUUGUCCACCACAAAUCAAUAUAUAUAUAUAUAUUUCAGAGCUAAAUGACAAUCACAUGUAUAUAUUUUUUCAUUUGUCGACCUGACAUGGUUUGAUUCUAAUAAUCUUAACAAGUAGUAAUAAAUAAAUAAAUUACAAACAA